AUGGCGGAAUCAGUCCUGCUCGAGGACUCUACCAUUUACACACCCGCCGCCGCCGCCAUCGACAACAUGGUCUACGCCGACGGUUACAAGCCCGUCCUCGACAAGGACCUGCCCGAUAUCUCCUUCAUGACCGACGCGGAAUGGGCCACCUUCUUCUCCAUAAGCGAGGCCAUUGUCCCGGCCGUCGUGCCCCAGACAAAGGUCCAGGACCCCAUGCGCCAGCUCGGCAUCCCGGACAAGAAGUUUUACGCCACCGUCGACGAGACCCUCGCUGGCCUGACCAACCCGCCGCCCCAGCAAAAGCUUCUCGAGUGGCUCGCCUUUCGCGUCGUCGACGAGCCCGCCUUUCGCCGCGAGAUGCAGCACUCCAUCGCCUCGGCUGCUCUACGCAUGGAGCUCGCCAAGUUUAUGAGCCUGCUCAACACCCGCUACGGCAGUCUGCUACUCACCGGCCGCUGGACACCCUUUGUAAGGCAACCUCUUGCCGUUCGCCAGCAGAUUCUCAUAAACUGGCGAUCAUCGCGGCUCUUACCGCUGCGCAUCGUUCUAAAGUCCAUGAAUGCGCUGACGCGCAAGUCUCUCGGCGCAUCGAGCCGCUACAUCAACGACUUGGGAGGAUUCGAAGCGUUGCCCAAAAAUUGGGAGCGCAAAGACGGCUUCGAUUUCAAGUUUAUCCAGGUGCCGGAUGGUACAAGCACGCACACCAUUGAAACUGACGUUAUCAUUGUCGGCUCCGGCUGCGGUGGCGCCGUCUCAGCCAAGAACUUGGCCGAGGCCGGCCAUCGCGUGCUCGUUGCGGAUAAGGGCUAUCACUUUGCGCCUGAAAGCUUUCCCCUCAGUCAGGUCAGCAACAAGCAUAUCUACGAGAACAACGGCCUCGUCAUCUCCAAGAGCUCCGCCAUUUCCGUCGCCGCUGGCGAGACGUGGGGUGGCGGCGGUACCGUCAACUGGAGCGUGUGCUUGAAGCCGCAGGACUAUGUUCGCAAGGAAUGGGUCAAUGCCGGCCUGCCGCUGUUUGGCUCGUCCGAAUUUGAUGACUGCAUCGACCGCGUGUGGACUUCCCUCGGGGCCAACCAGACUGCCAUUCGCCACAACCACCAAAAUGAAGUCGUCCUCCAUGGCUCCAAGAAGCUCGGCUGGCACAGCAACGUCUGUGAUCAAAAUACGGGUGGCGCCGAGCACUACUGCGGCCGAUGUCAUCUCGGCUGCAGCGCCAAUGAGAAGAGAGGCCCCGCGGUCGCCUACCUCCCUGACGCGGCCGAUGCGGGCGCGGAGUUCAUUGAAGGCUUCCGGGUGGACCGUGUCGUCUUUGCCGCCGACGGCGUGACGGCCACGGGUGUCGAGGGUGUGUGGACGGCCCGCAGCGAUGACGGCACGGUGCACAGUUUGCCAGAGACGCGUCGCCAGCGCAAGGUUUUGAUCAAGGCAAAGAAGGUGCUCCUAUCGGCCGGCUCGCUCUGGAGUCCGACGCUAUUGCAAAAGAGCGGCGUCAAGAACCCCCAAGUUGGGCGCAACUUGUACCUGCACCCUGCUGCCUUCCUCGUUGGUCACUUCAACGAGCUUGAGCCCCAGUGGGAGGGCGGCAUCAUCACAGCUUACAAUGGGGAGUUCCAAAAUCUGGACAAAAAAGGCCACGGCGUCAAGCUUGAGACCAUGGCUAUGUUGCCAUAUGUUCUCUUUGCCAUCCAGCCGUUCGAGGAUGGCUUCGACUCUAAGCUCUGCGUCGCGCGCAUGAAGCAACUGCACACCGUCAUCUCCAUUACACGCGACCGCGACCCGGGGCGAAUCAUCGCCGAUCCCGUCACAGGCGUGCCCGUCAUUGACUACGACGUGUCGUCGUUUGAUGCCGAGCACAGCCUAGACGGCGUCGAGGCUAUUGCCAAGCUCAUGUACGUCAUGGGCGCGACGGCAUUGUACCCGACCAUUCCCAACGUGCGACCAUUUGUCGUGGCUCGCGACGGCGACGCGGUCGCACAAAAGAACUACCAGGACGGCACGGACCCGGAGUUCACGGAUCCUACGUUUGCAAAGUGGCUCAAGCAUCUGCGCGACGUGGGCAGCAAGGCCGGCGGCGAGGUUAGCUACCUGUCGGCGCACCAGAUGGGCUCGUGCCGCAUGAGCGCCAAGAAGAGCGGCGGUGUCGUGGACCCCAAGGGCAAGGUUUGGGGCUGCGAGAAUCUGUAUGUCGCGGAUGGGAGUGUGCUUCCCAGCGCGAGCGGCGUGAAUCCGAUGGUCACGAUUUUGGCGAUCUCAGACUACAUUUCGCGACAGCUGGCGGACGAGCUGUCGGCGUAA